UGCAAGCUGACAGGACUGUGAACCUUCGCCAGGGUGAGGCCGGCCUACUAUGGAACUCCUUGUCACCGGGCUGAUCAUCGCUGUGACUGCGGUCCUCCUAGUUUACUCGUGGGGGAACAAGGUGAAGCACAGCCGGCUCCCUCCGGGUCCUCCUGCCCUCCCGUUCAUUGGGAACUCUCUGCACAUAGACAAGCGAGCUCCUGAUCGAUCUCUCAUUCAGCUCAGCAGGAAGUAUGGACCCGUGUUUACCGUCUGGCUUGGUCCACGUCCUGCAGUGGUGCUGUGUGGCUUUGAAGCCGUGAAGGAGGCCCUCGUCAACCAGGCAGACGAUUUCGGAGCCAGGGGCACGGUUCCUUCAAUCAGGAAGGUCACGAAUGGAUAUGGAAUCGCCAGCAGCAACGGGCAUCGGUCCCGUCAGCUUCGCACCUUCGCCAUCUCGGCCCUGAGGGACUUCGGGAAUGGGAUCAAGACUUUGGAAGAUUUCAUCCGGCAGGAGGCUGAGUGCCUGGUGGAGGUCUUCAAGAAGACUGGAGAGUCGCCCUUUGACCCCACGUUUCAGCUGACCUCUGCCACGGCGAACAUAAUGUGCGCCAUUGUCUUUGGAAACCGUUUUGACUACAAGGAUCCGAAGCUGCUCACUCUGCUGAGCAUGAUCGACGAAAACAUGAAAGUCAUCAGCAGCCCCUGGGGGCAGUUGUAUGAUCUGCUCCCAAACCUUCUGGACCGCCUCCCAGGUCCACACAACAGGCUAUUCGAAAAUGCAGAUAAAAUUAAAAACUUCCUCAGAGAAAUGAUCCAAGUUCACAAGGACACGCACACUGAAGGCAAGCCUCAGGAUUUCAUCGACAGCUUCCUCAUCAAGAUGGAGGAGGAGAAAGAUAACCCAAGGUCUGAAUUCAGUGAUGAGAACCUUCUCCUGUCCACUUUUAAUAUAUUUCUUGCUGGGACUGAUACCACCAGUUCGACCAUGCGGUGGGGGCUACUGCUGUUCCUGAAAUAUCCAGAGGUACAGGAAAAGAUCCAAAGCGAGAUUGAUAGGGUGAUUGGGAUGGAACGCACACCGUGUAUUGGAGACAGAGAGAAGAUGCCUUACACCAACGCAGCCAUCCACGAGAUCCAGCGAUAUUCCAAUAUUAUCCCACUCAAUCUCCCCCACACCGUUACACGAGACACAGAGUUCAGGGGGUUCCUGAUUCCAAAGGGAAUGAUUGUGAUCCCACUGCUCGCAUCAGUUUUGUACGAUCCCUGUUGUUGGGAGACUCCAGAAUCAUUCAACGUGGAUCAUUUUCUGGACGAAAGGGGACAUCUGAAGGAAAAGGAAGCCUUCCUGCCGUUUUCAAUAGGGAACCGAAUGUGCAUCGGUGAGAAAGUGGCCCAGAUGCAGCUCUUCAUCUUCCUAACCACCCUGCUGCAGAACUUCACCAUCGGCUCCCUGGAGGAACCGUCGGCCAUUGACAUCAGCCCCCUGUCGAGUGGGUUUUCCACACUGCACCGCCCCUACCAGCUCUACUGCAUUCCUCGCAAGUCAGCCAGAAGGCCAGCCAGAGAGUGACAUUCAGCGGACACCACACCACCUGAAACCGUCCAUAAAAUGUCAUCGUAUGACAAAUAAAAGCAGAAAAUGCUGGGAACGCUGAACAGCUCAGGCACAAUCUGUGGAGAGAGAAACAGAGGAAGUGUUUCAGGAUGAUGAUCUUUCAUUCGAACUGGAAAAUUUUGAAAACAGGCAAGUUGCAGAGAGGUGGGGAGGGGAAAUUAUGGAAAUGUAAGUGGUACGGUGGAGUCCAAGAGAAAAUGGGCACGGUCUCACCUUCCAGCCAUUCUCUUUAUUUUGUAUUUCCAGCAACUGCGAUGUCCUCUGUCCAAUUGUACCAACAACAUUUUUGUUCUGUUUUCUCUCUCCCUCUGUUUGCACCUCUUUCAGAGAGUUUAGUGCCAUUAACAAGAUUUGACCACCUUCAAUCAGCCAACAUCAAUCUGUGCCCUUCAUUUUCCCUUGGUCUCCACCCUAUCACAGACACUCCUUCUUUCCCCCUCAUCCCUUUCCUCUCUUGCAACCUAAAACAAGCUGAUUUUUCACUUUUUCAGUCUGGUAAAGGGUCCAUGAUCAAAAACAUUUCUUUCUCCGCAGAUGCUGUCUGACCUGCUGAGCGUUUCCAGUAUUUUCUGGUUUUAUUUCAGAUUUGCAGCAGCUGCGUUUCUUUUUGACUUUUGUUCAUUGUGUAACGAUCUGUCUAUAUAUGUAUUUUUUUACUGGUUAUUUUUGGGAUGUAGACAUUUAGAAACUCCACAGUCCUUGGUUAUCUAAAAUCCUUUGGAAU